GCUGCCUUUGUGUUUAUGGUGAUCUCGGUUCUCGGGCAGCUACCGGACUCGGUCGUGCGGACCCGCUCGGUGCUUUUCGGCCUCUCCGGUAGCAGGCGGUGUCAGGUUGUUCUCCGGCCGGGACUGAGUGACAGAGAGGCGGCAGGGACCACCGCAACCCCACAUUUGUAACUCGAGGAAAGAGGGGAGGAGAAGGAAGCAGACGCCCCGGGAGCGGAGCCUUUCCCGGGCUUUGGACUCGGAUUGCUCCCGCGGACAUGUCGGGCUUCCCGCGGAGGACGAGCCGGCGGUAGCGCCGCUGAGCCCGCCGAGCCUGUUAUCGAGCUAGCAGCUAGCAGGAACAGACACCUGUCAGGACUUGGAUUGCGUGGAGUGAGCAGUGCAGACCUCGUCCAUGUCUCAGCUGCGGGCCUGAAGGUCGGACCUGUCCAAUGACCUGCCAGUCCUCCGAGUCCACGGAAACCAUCGAGGGCAACAGACGAGCAGACAACAACGCCGGGACUGUGGAAUCGGACGAGAGCCGCGUCGCCUCCGCCAUGAAGGAGCUCAGAAACACAGGUUGGUACUGGGGCAGUCUCACCGCUAAUGAAGCUAAAGAGAUCCUGCAGGACACCUCCGAGGGCACCUUCUUGCUGCGGGACAGCUCUCAGAGGGAUUACCUGUUCACCAUCUCCGCCAUGACGUCGGCGGGUCCCACCAACCUGCGGAUCGAGUUCAAACACGGCAAGUUCAAGCUGGACUCGGUGGUCCUGGUGAAACCCAAACUGAAGCAGUUCGACAGCGUGGUCCAUCUGGUCGAGUACUACGUCCAGCUGUCCAGGAGCAGCGACAAGGCAGCGGCAUCGAACUCUCAGCCCUCUGCAGCGCCACCCAACGGCACAGUGCAGCUGCUGCUCACCAAACCCGCGUACACCACCACGCCGUCCCUGCAGCACCUCUGUCGCAUCGCCAUCAACCGGAGGACGCGACGGGUCCAUGAUCUGCCGCUACCCAACAGACUGAAGGACUACCUGACAGACUACACCUACAAUGUGUAGGGACUGAUGUCGUCUCACCACUGACCAAUCAGAUCGUACCCUGCUUCACAGGGACGUGCAAUAAGCAGCAGUGAAUACUGUCGACACGCUCCGUGGGUCUGCAGCUGAUCAUGGUGGAGUCAGAGGUUAAAGGUCAGCAGGAAGCACCAUGUCACAUGACCCCUCCUGAUCACAGCUACCUCUCUGCUCUGUGGUGACUUAACGCCUCGUUUCCCCUUUGACACCCCCCCGACAUUAUUAACUCAUCGCUUUUAAAGCGUGAAAAACAUCCAGCGCCUCGUUUGGUCCGGCUCACAUCUGAACCCACAGAGCCCAUGUGCUGAUUUUAAGAUGGACCUUUUAAAUCUGAAGUAAUCCCCCUCGUGGUGAAAAUGUGUAGUCGUUAAUGAGUCACUGAUGUAACCACGGUUCUAUGAAACAUUAUAUUACAAAAAGCAUUUAUUUAAUAAAGUGAUCAUUAUUUUUGCCUGUUGAGCCUUUGAGUGAUGAAGAUGGGAAAAUGUGCCACUGUAGGGUAACGGCAGUCUUUAUACAUAAAAUCAAGAAUAUUUUAUUUACCUUCAUGUAAAACCAAAGAACAUUUAAAAAAAAAAACAAACACCUAAAUUAUUAUUAUUUUUUUUUUUAGCUCAGGUUUGUUCUAGUUUUUAAAAACCAGGUUUGAACAAUAUUCCCUAAAAUGACCGUGUUUUUUGAAUGGAGUCUGGCGUGAGGAAAAAAAACACAAACAUCGUACCGCUAAAUGACUGGAAAGUAACCAAACACAACGUGGGGCGGGGCUUCAGAGAGAGGCUGAACUUUAAAGUUGUUUUUAAAUAUAUUUUUCUGUACUUUUUUUUUUUAAAGAAUUUAAAAUGAAGCUGAAGUAAACACAUUUGGAAAAUAUAUGUAUGGAGGGAAAUGCAAACAGAAAAGACAAGAACAGAAAAACUACAAAAUCUAAAUGUGUAUUUUUUUGAAUAAUAGUAAAUAAAUGGCGGCAUUAAUACAAAAUAGAGGAAUACUGAAAAUUUCCUGUCUUAUAAUAAAUUUCAUGUGUUUUGAAUAAUUUCGUGCACUGUUUUAUUCAUUUAUUCAGGGAGUUUUGGCCGUGUUGGUCCUCCAUAACUUCACAUUAUUUAAAUUGAAAACAGCAAAUUUCAUGUGUUGAAACUCACUGAAACAUGAAUAUUGAUCCAUUAUUGGAAACUUCAGUUUUCUCAGUGGUUUCUGUAUUUUCUGAAUGCAGCCAGUUGAUUAUUCUUAUUACUGAUCAAAUUAUUUUUCUCAUAAAUUUAUUUAUUUUUUUUUAAAUUAGUAAAAUGUGAAAAUAACAGUUUUACGGAAGUAAAAACAGAAGAAAUCAGUUUGAGGAACCUUGAACCUGAAAUUAUUCUUUGGUUUUUAAAAACCUCUCUGUUGAUCAGCCAGCUGUUCCACAAAGUUUUUAUUGAUCAUUUAAUUUAUUUUUAUUUUUUGAAUUUUUCAUGUUGGAAAGUUUCUUAGGAAAUGUUUAACAGCAGGGAAAAAACUCAGGAAACGGUUGAAUUUUUCACAUUUUUCUCCUGUCGAUUUCACCUGUAAACGCAGGUAAACAGAGCCCUCUGAUUGGCUGACGGGCAGGCGGGGAGUCGAGGUGUCCUCGUUGUAUCAAAACAAACUGACGUUCUCCUCGCUGCACAUUUUUUCCUUUCAGUAGACUUUGUACCUGCAGCGUGUAGUAAAUACUCUGCAGCUCUGAGCCAAUCACAGCGCAGGACAACAAAUGUGCAGGGGGUGGGAAGCCACACAUUCACAGCUCAGUCCAACAACACAACCUCAGACUGCAGCAACGAGCCACCAAACUCCAUUCAAAACUCUGACUGGUCACCUUGUAAAUUCAGCACAGAUUGCUUUUUUUCUUUUACCACUGAUAAUCAUAAAUGUUCAGGCUGCAGCGUUUCCUCACCUGGAAACAUCCUAAACGUUCAGCUGCGAAUUUCCAUCACGUUUGAACUUCAACCAAAAACCUCUGAAUUCACUCGUUACCUCCUGCCAGGUGUUAAUAGGUUUAAUAAUAGUUCAUAGGUUUUGAGCCUGGUGUUCAUCAUCAUUAGGGUUGUUCCUGCUUACGAAACGUUUUUGAUUUGGCCCUUUAUGUAAAAGAAAAAUCCCGGGAGUGUAAUGAAAAUAAUAGUUUAUUAGUUUUAUUAAGUGGGUUAAAUUUAGUGUAUGUGCCGUCUCCUCGUGGGAACACCCGGUUAUGAACUGCAUGAACGUGUUCAGUUAUAAAAACCGUCCAUUUUUGUGGGUCCUGUGAAAACCUGAGGUUGCCUCAUUAAUCCAGCAGACACGUGACCACUUAAUAAAAAUAUUAACGUCGCCAUAGAGCAGGAGUCUCCAAACUUGCGGGCCCAUCCGGCCCCGCCCACUUCCGGUCCGCGAAUUGAUGUCAAAAAUAACAGUUUGGCCCUUCAAGUUACUUUUUUGACAUUUCGCCUUCCCCUCCAAUUAAGAGGGUUAAGCGAAAUGUCAAAAAAGUAACUUAAAGGGCCAAUCACAGCUCAGCGUCGCGCUUCCUGUUCUGCGGGGGCGGGGCUGUUAGGUCCUGUGGCUGCUCAGGUAAAAGGGGGCGUGACCUGUGCACAUGUGUGUAUGAAGGGCCAAUCGGGGCGCUUGUUUCUGCUUCAGCCUCGAUUUCUGUGGCUGGAUGAUGAAGAUGACGAAGAGGAGGCGCGUGCGCACUCCUGUACAGAUCGCAGCCCGUUUGAGUUCAUCAAGUGUUUAUUGAUCAUGUCUGUGUUUCUGGUACGUUUCUGAAGCAUGUAAACAUAAACUGAUCACCCUCCACCAGGAGAUCAAUAUAUUUUAUAUGGUGCCUCAUCAAUAACUGCUCUUUAUUCAGGAGUUUAUAUUUCACGCUGUUAUUAAUUCACGCAGACAGGUUGGUGUGUAUGGAAGCCCCGGUGUGUGUGUGUUUUUAAUAAAUUUAUUUAUUUUGGAAAGAAUGCAAAAUUUCUGCAGUAAUUAUGAAACUUUUCAGAAAGUAAUAAAGCAAAUACUAAAACUCUCAGUAGGUUUAAUUCAGUCUCUCUGGGUUUGUUUAUGGAAGCCCGAGUGUGCCGGGAAAACUGUAACCUGUUUAUAGAAAGGUCACAUUUGGUGUCACUGGAGGUAAUUAGUUAGUUUCCAAUUUCAGGAUUUAAACAAAUGAACCCCCCCAGUGCUUUAAAUAAUAAAGAUAAAACCAGGGUGCAGCAGUCAGCUGUAUGAAUCUGUCUGUGUAAUCGUUUCCAUUUUGUGGUUAUGAAUGAUUUUUCUGUGCGAAACCAUUUUUUUAAAUUCUUGAACUUUUAAUGUAAAUAAAAUAAAAAUGUUCAUUUUCAAAUUUCACAUUUUCUUUUUCAUGUGUAAUGUUUCAUGUUUUUGGAAGGACAUUUAAGCCAAAGUGGGAUUUCGGGAUUAUCCACGGAAGCUCGUUUCUGACAGGAACUUCGU